CAUUGUACUUAUGAGCCUUCGUACGGUACCUUACAGUUCUGGUCCUGGUGCAUGGUGACGUGACGUUAGAAAUAGGGCAACAUCAUGAAGGAGGUUAAAGUUUAACCUCCUUGGACUAGUAACAGACUCCUACUGGCACUAGCAUGACUAGUGAUCAUAUGACCCAUGUUACAUGUGCUCUGAGCUUAUAGCUCGGAGCGUGGACAUGUUAGUUGCCAACUGACGUUGUGUAAGCUGACGGCCUUAAAAGAAGCAGAAAGUAUCUAAAAUCGCUGGAGGAAUGGACGGUGUUUUGAACGUCAGAAGUCUGGCUGUAGCCGGCGUGGUGACAGGGGCUGCCGUUCUGGGCUAUCUCGCAGGAAGAAGAACUGGGCGAACACAGUUGUUGUCACAGUCUUUUAAAAGUGACUUUGGUGGAAAAGGUAACCCCCUUGUACAGUAUGCAGUGGACCACUCACUCCGAGAACAUCCCAGUCUUAAGAACCUUCGGCUGAUGACAUUAAAGGUGCCACGUCAUGCUAUGCUGGCUGCCCCGGAAGAAUGCCAGUUGCUGGCUAACAUAGCUCGAGCAAUAGGAGCGAGGAAAGCAAUUGAAAUUGGAGUGUUUACAGGCUAUAACUGCCUGGCCAUGGCACUGGCUCUACCCCAGGAUGGGAAACUCAUCGCCUGUGAUAUUGACGACACCAACGUCAACUUAGGAAGGCCAUUUUGGAAAGAGGCAGGUGUGGACCAUAAGAUUGAUGUUAGGAUACAGCCUGCUGACAAGACACUCGAUGAUCUAAUUGACGCUGGAGAAGCGGGAACCUAUGACUUUGUGUUCAUCGACGCUGACAAAGCAAGCUAUGAUUCCUACUAUGAGAAGUCUCUGGUUCUACUGCGUCCUGGAGGUCUGGUGGCUAUUGACAAUGUCUUCCUCGGUGGCAAAGUGUUGAAAGCUGAAGACACGUGGAAUGCAGCCACAGCAGCCAUGGUGCGUCUGAACAAGAAGAUACACAAGGACCCCCGUGUCAACAUCAGCAUGCUCACCAUGGCAGAUGGUGUAACCUUGGCAUUCAAGUGCUGACCAAGCUACUUACCAAGUACCCAGGUGUUCAAGUAGUGCAGAUCCUAAGGUUCGCCAUCCAUACUUAUCCGGUUACCUGAGGCUUCUAGCUUGUAUUACCAUGGGCAAACAGUGUUAACAAUUCCAGGUUAACCAGUAUGCAAUCUGUUCUUUAGAUUUUAGAUUUAAUGAUGAAACAUCCAUGAAAAGCUUGCUUUUCUUUCAAAUGAUAUCUCCUUUGAUAGUGAACAUUAUGAUGGUGGGUGCCACAAAAAGCGUAAAGGAUAAUUGGCAAGCUUUCAAGUGAUAUGUAAUAGCAGUGGUAUUACUUAUCAAACUUAACUUUCUUGACUAUUUGUGUUGAGUGUACAAAUUAGGUGCAAAGUAUGCGAUUCUCAUUUCUAUAUUUCUAUGGGGAAUUUAUUAAUGAUUUUAUUUUUUCAAUAUAGAAUUAAUUGGCAAUCUUGUUUGUCAUGUACAAACUAGUGCCAAUUACAGCUAUGCAGUUAAUCCCAGCACCAAAAAAUAUUCACAGUGUUUAGAUCUGCCAUGAUGCAUUGAAUGGUCCUUGAUGGACAGUAAAUGUACAUAAACAUUUUGUAUACAUACAGGCAUGCAAAUACAUCAUUCGCAAUUUAUGCCGUCACAAUUUUUGACAUGUGAAAAAGUUUUUAAAUUGAUAACAGAUUAUGGAUAGAUGAAAUAGAUGCACAAGUUGUAAUCCUAUUAUGUUGGCUCCAUAGACUCCAUAGAUCAUUUUUGAUCAUUUGUAUAACAACACAAACAGGGGAUCUAGACUAAAAUGGAAUAAAGUUGGUAUUGCGGUAAA